AUGUCCGUGAUUGUGUUCGGCCCCACCGGCAGCGUGGGCUCCAUCGUGGCGCUCACAGCCCACAACCACGGAUCCAAAGUAUACCUGGCCAUGCGAAACACCCACAAACCCAUUCCGGGACUCUCCCCCCAAGACGAAAGAAACGGUACCUAUGAAAGGGUCCAAGCAGAUCUGUCCGACCCAGACUCCGUCGCCGCCGCAAUCCAAUCCAGUGGUGCAAAACGAGCCUUCAUCUACCUCGCCCACGGCAGUCCCGAUCAUAUGAAGACCACACUGCAAGCGCUCAAAGCAGCCGGUGUGGAAUUCAUCGUGUUUCUCAGCAGUUAUACCGUCGGUAUGCGCGGGAGUGGCGACGGAGAAAAAUUACAAGAUAUUCCCUCGAGCGAGGUGAUUCCCUACGUGCAUGCACGAGUGGAAAUGAAUCUGGACGAAGUAUUCGGCUCUGAGAACUACGUUGCGCUGAGACCGGGUGGAUUCGCGACGAAUAUGCUUUUUUUCAAAGAGGGUAUCGCUGCUGGGGAAGUCAAGAUGUACAAGGGGAAGAUGACUUAUGAUUGUAUCGUGCCACGAGAUAUAGGGCUUGUGGGGGGCACGAUUCUGGUGCAAGGCCCCCGGAACGGGCAGAGGAAGGUUUAUCUUUAUGGACCGCGGGUAUUGUCGCAGAUUGAAGGAAUUGAAGGGAUUGGGAAAGUGAUUGGGAAGGAGAUUAAGAUCAUCGGUGUUGGGGAGGAGGAGGGGAGGGAAAUGUAUGUUCGGAAUGGGAUCCCAAAGGCCGUGGUGGAUUAUUUGAUGCGGAUUACGAAUAUGGAGGGGGUUUAUGUGCAUGAACGUCCUGACUAUGAUGUUGGAGUUGAGAAUGUGCGAUUGUAUACUGGGCUACCUGCGAUGGGGUUUGAGGAGUGGGUUCAAGAGAAUCACCAUCACUUCUUGUGA